AUGAAUUAAGGCGGAUCAAAUGAUUUAUUAACAUUGAAAAGAGAGAAGUUUAGAAUAUAAAUUAGACAUUAAAAAUUAACAGAAGAAUUUAAGAAAAAAAGAAGGUUUUAUAAUUAUGAAUAAACAAAAAAUGAUUUUCUACAUAAGAUUUGUGAUGAACUAGCUAAAUAUCAAUUUAAAGAGUAGUUAGUUGAAGAAGACCUUAAUAAUAUUAAGUUAUUAAUAAAAGUACUCUAGAAAGCCUUGGAGGAUGAAUAAAAUAUUGAUUAUUGGGUGACUGAAAAUAUAGUAAAAAAAAUUAGGUAAUAUAUCAUAUAAUCUCAGAUUUUUUAUUAAUCUAUCUAAAGUGGAUACUGAGUUUUAAGAAAUAAAUGCAACACUUAUUCAAAGUGUUUUCUAUUAUCUAAAUAGAGAAGAUUAUUAAAGAUUUGCAGAAUUAGAUGAUAUUCAAUUAUUAGAUUAUCUUAAGAAUAAUAUUAAAGAAGAGAUAUUAGAAAUCUUUCCUUAAGUAAAUUUUAAAAUCAUUUUAGACUUUAAAUUGCAUCUAUUUUCUAGCUUAAGAAAAAUAGACAUAUAGAGAUUUUAUAAUCUAAAAUGAUUUUGAAUUUUUAACAUAAUUAAUGAUACUUGAUCCUUUUCGACAAUUUUCUGAAGUUAUCUUAGCCUUGAUAGGUUCAGCAUUUACUUUUUGUUUGGAAAUAAAUAUUGAUAACAUAAAAUCUAUAAAAGAAUAUGUUAUCAAAUCCUAUUUCGAUGAAAGUUAAGCAAUAAAAAGAUUAGCCUUAGAAAUUUUAGAAGAAAUUCCUUCAAAAUUAUCAUUUGAGAAUAAUUGUACAUUUGCAGAUGAAAUCAUUUCUUCUCCAAUGUUCUUAAAAAUUUAUGAUGCUGCUUUAAAAACUAAUUAUGAUUUUUUAGCUUUAAAAAUAGUAAUUAUUUAUUUUGGAAUAAGUGAUAAAUUUUUUGAGAAAGAACUUACUAUAUAUAAAAAAGUAGUAAAUUCAAAUCUUUAAUCAUAAGAUCUUAAUAAAGCAUUAAGAAUAUAAUUAUUUUGGGCUAUUUCAAAUAAAAUUCAUAAUAAAGAAUUCUUGAUUAAAUUAUUAGAUUCAAAAUUAUUAGAGGAAAUUUAUGAACAAUGUUUUGAAUUAUCAGAUAAUGAAGCUCUUGAAUUCUCUUAUGUUAUUUUGAAUUUAUCGAUUUUAGUAUAACAAUAUUUAUAUUUUUUAGUCUAAUGAAGAAUAACUAUCAAAAUUAAUAAAAAUAGGAUUGUUUAACAUAUGUAAUCAUUUUUUUUCAAUGGAAUCAAGAUCUAUAAAAAUAGAAGAACAUACAUUGAAAGCAUUAAUUAAUAUAUUACAUAAGUUAUCAGAUUGUUAAGAUAUUAAUAAUGAACUUGUAUUACCAUUCUCGGCUGUUAUAAAAAUGAUUGAAAUGACUGGACUUGUUAAUAAAGUAAAGGAUAGCAAAAGUGAUGAUAAAUUAAUCUAAGAUUUUGAUGUUUAUUUUUGA